GCUACAAAACAGGACACUGACACCUAUUGAUGGAAAUUGCAACAAGGUCAAAGGAAGGAGACCAUCUCAGCUGCCCCAGGAGAGAAAUACUCCAAACUCCAACUCCCAGGAUCCUUUGCUGCUGCAGGUGGUGGGGUGUAGGGGAUACCGGAGGAAUGGUGGCACCUUGGGGCCAGGGGGUACCCUGGGUAAUGUAAGCACCAUGGGGCUGGUGUCCAUCCCAGACUGUGUGGAUAACUGCACUCAGACUGACAUUAGCUUCCAGAAUAUUCUGACCGUGGGGAGGUCAACCCACCGCCACCCCCACGGCGGCUCCUCACCCACGCAACCACCACCCUCUCCUCCACUGCCUCACCUCAUGGACCCUUAUCUACUGAAUGAGUUCUGUACCUACGAUCACGAGUACAACGAUCCCAAUGACUACUUUGACACAGCUCACCACGAAGUGGACAGGCAGGAGGAACUGGAGUACGAGGUAUGA